UGGACAGGUACCUUCACGCGGUGCAGAGCGUGAGUAACCUAACUUGUCGUUAGGUGAAACCAAAUCCUGUCUUUAUAUAUGUAUUUGCUCGCAACGGCCGGUUUUGUUACGUUCGCAAUGGCUUGGUGGAGAGUAGUCAGGCCGUUCUUCGAUGGGCUAUCAUGGACGGUAGUGGCAGCAUUCCGGAGAUCUUGGGGUGUGGCCGUGGAGCAAUGCGCUUCUCUUGACACAGUUCACGCGUCGUUACAACCUUUUCCUUCUCCAGAGAUCGCACCCAUCUCAAAUGCACGACUUCUGCCUCGAAAGUGACGGCUAUUGAGAGAAGCAGUUCACUUCCUAACUGCUCUUCGCCACCAUCUGCACCGCUGCAAGCCGCUUUACCUCGACGCGGAGCAGUACUUUUGGCGAUGGAGGAAUGGUGAGCAUCGUACAAGUCACCGUGGCAUUUCAUCUCAGCAGGAACCAUGCGAAUACGAGCCGCUGGAGAGUCCCGACUUUCUCCAACAACAAGUACAGUAACUUAUCGUCAACCGGCUGCCUCGGAAUCAUACAAUAUGCGAGCUCUACACACCCUUGCUCAAGACUGUGUGCCACUACCUGGACAACGCAUCUGCGCCCUGCAGACAUCAGGGGUGGACAACUCCUCCCGGCAACGAUCGUCUUUGGAGCGUCUAUGGACUUUCCAUGCCUCACUGCAUAAGAAGACAACGCCUCCUGGUUUUGUGGGUUGCGAUUUGCCUACAGGAGUCUUUGAAGUUAUCCUUCCAUACAGCUCUCUCAGAAACCUUUGGGCCGCGAGGUGAUGCUUGUGUUUGACGUUUCCGAGACGACCUCGGUAGUGCACAUUUUCUCUGAUACUGUUCCUUCUCGUUUCCUAGAACGGCUCAGAUGCCCUGGCACACUAUGUUUACUUCUACCACCCAAGGAAUCUUCACAAAGCGUCAUUACCUGGUUGGAGAAGUUGACAGCGUGCAAAUCGCAAUUCAGCAACCCCCCGGCGGGAUUUGGUAUCUUAAACUUGUCACGAAGACGGCCUAUCGCGAUGUUAUACAAGCUGGAGUUAUGGUUGUUUUACACUUCAAGAAAUCGCCAAAAACAGCUUGCCGGCUGACGAGAGAUUCAAGGAGAAGCUCUAUGACAAAGUGAUGCGGCUGAUUUUAGCCGGCGACACUCGUUGGGGCACUCAUAACUACGCAACAGACAAUCGCACGACUUAGAAUGGAGAAUCGUCCAGUAGGACACAUUUUCUCUGAGCGGGUCCCGGUCCCUUUUUUGGACACGGCUAGAAACUCUUUUCAUUUAUAUCCAUAACUUGUUGAACGCAACUACAUAGCCGGUCAGUAUUUCAAGCCCUGAUGAGCCCUCUGAAGGUGGAUAGAUUCUGCAGACAAGUGCUCUAUUGGGGUUGCUGACAGUCAAAUCCCAUUUGUCAACAUCAAACGACCAGCAUCUAUCGCUCUCUUAAUAGAGAUCCAACCAUCGUUAACGCGACGGUCAUCUCCUCCUUAUGUGAACAUGGUUGUUCACGCCGCCCAGUAUACCGGGAAAGGAGUCUAGCAUGAACCGGUUUCUCCUCAUGGAGGGAGUUGCCGCAAUGCAGAUUCCUACUAUGGUCUGGCCCGCUUAUUCGCCAGAUUUCAAUCCCAUUGAGACGAUAUGGUCCUGGAUGAAGCUGUUAUCCAACGUGGAUUGGAAAUUGGUUUCUUCGAAUAUCAGUCGACGUUUCAUCAAAAGUUGGAUGCAUGGACGGACCGUCUACCGUUUAGCGUACGAAGUGGUCUUUUCUAGACGUAUCCCUCCACCCCCCUCAGCGACCGCAAGGUCGACCAUGACCUCUUGUCCCACGACCACAAACUGUGCACUUCCGAGGAAGCGGACAGAAGACCGGUGUUCUUUGGGAUAAAAUUUCUCCCAAGCGCGCAGAACCUUGACGGAUGAUCGCACCAGCCUCAACAGGGAAAUGGUAGAGCCGUACCGACAUUAUCCGAGGGACUCUCACGACAUUUGUCUAGAUCUCAUGGCACUACGAAUCCAACCAAGCGGGUCUGUACACCCGCCGAAAGGGUUACCGCCUUGGCGUGGGCUCGCGAGUAUGAGUCUGCUACCUGGGAUAGACGAGAGUCUUCCGAGCAAGCAGGCGUCGACCGAGUCUACACACCGCUUGUGCCUUGGGAAACUAGGGUCCAAUGUCCGUCCGCAGCUUAUCCUCAGCGCCACCGGCAUCGACAUUGGAUCCUUCGAGACCCAAAUCCUGACCUUUCUCGUACUUAUCGCUGGCCUCGCGUACGGUUAUCCAAAAUGCCUAGACUUCGUCAACACGAAGUUAAUGUGCCAUAUCACCUUGGAAGGCUCGGACGUCACCUCCGCCUCGGCUGUAAAAUUCAUCAGGCACAAGUUUGACAAAGCAAAGGGUCGUGACUUAACUGUCAGAUCGAUACGGAUGAGCGAAGACAACGACCCCAUCCCCACCAAGGACGGAUUUGCCGACUUAUCCAAAUUUCGAUGGAUGAGGCAGUACAUGCCGGGGUUGGGUCGCUACCGUGGGCACUGGGUCAGAUUGAGUCGGAGCACCACGGACACAAGGUUCGCCGAAGCCGUCAACUAUGCACCUCCAGGCUGGACGUCGGGCCACUACACUGAAUGCGAAGAAAGACACGACUAUGCUAAGCAUGGAUUAUAGAUAUAUAAACUAAAUAGCUUCGACAACAUCGAAGCUACGCACGGUUACGAACUCUCUUCUUUGCUCGAUGGUAUCUCGAUCUCACGUCCGAGCAACGUGACAUGAUCAUAGGGACCGACGAGAGACGGGUCACAAGCGGCCACCAUCGUAAAGUUCGUGUCACACGACGCGCUGGAGAGCAAUGGGAUGUCACAUGCCUCGUUGACCGCAUCCAACGUAGGAAAGGUUGGAUGUUCUGGGGGAAGUUUUUCGGGACAAGAAAAUUGCCAGGAAUCAUCUGGCAAAAGGCCUGGGGCAAAAUCUCUUCCGUCAGGUAUAUCCAACAUGUAUUUGAAGCAUUUGACGCAUGGCUAUCUUCAGAACCAGAUUCGGCGCAAUUGCGCCAAUCUCUGAUACUCCAGCAAGACAAUGCGCCUUCACAUACGUAGUAUUGCACGAAUCACUCGACAAUGGUUUCGAGAAAGGGCCAUCCACACCUUUAAAUGGCCUGCGAACUCCCCAGAUUUGAAUCCAAUCGAAUCCAUUUGGUGUCAAAUGAAGGAUGUCAUUCCGAAGCGAUAUCCAGAGUAUUUGCCCCAGCGACUCCUAGAGCAAGCAGUAUUGGACGUCUGGAAUGCUAUCUCUGAGCACAGUUUGCGCGCUCAAUUUUGGAGACGAUGCCACGACGUUACCGCGACGUUAUCGCAGCAAAUGGUGGACCCAUCGGAUGGUGAAGCAAUUGGCCC